UCAUGCUGCUGCCAGGUCCAGAGUCUCUCAUGGGUCCCUGUACGGCCUCCCAUUGCUGCUGUCUCCAUCGCCACACUCUGCCAUGUGCCACUUUCAGGUCUCCUCACACACUGCUGGGUUCCAUUUUGUCAUAGGGUGCUGGCAGAUUACGGGCCUCCCAUUGCUGCUGCCAGGCCUUAAUCUGCCAUGGGCCCCUGUAUCCCCCGCCUCCUCAUGCUGCUGCCAGGUCCACAGUGUCUCAUGGAUCCCUGAACCGCCUCCCAUUGCUGCUGUCUCCAUCGCCACACUCUGCCAUGUGCCACUUUCAGGUCUCCUCACACUGCUGGUGUGUUACAUUUUUUGU